AUAGGGUAUGGUUUUUGCACUUUGGUCUUGAAUUGGGUAUGUUUCUUAGAAGAAACUAGUUUUUCAUCAUUAUCGGUAUGACUGUCAACAAAGCCCUUUUCAACUUAUGUUUAGGCCAACUGUGGCAACCCCAACGGUCAUAAAUAGGUUAUCGAAUUUUUGGUCCAUCAGGUCAUAAAUAGGGUAGCGAAAACGCAGAUUUUGGUCAUAAAUAGGGUAAGGGAUUUGGGAAGUGGGCUGCACACCCCACCUAACUUUUUUGGAAGUAUCCCCUGGGCACGGAGCCUACUUGUUUUAUAUUAUAAAGAACCCCCCAAAAAUGUCAAUGACGUCAUAUAUGCGUCUGUCCUCCAAUAGAUCACAAGUAAGAACCAAUGCUUGAAAUGCCUGCUGACUAAAUUAACUGCGAGACUUUUUGCUUUGACAUCAGUGGAAGUGAUAAGGGAAUGGUUACGAAAAGUAUAAAAUGUAAAACUUAAAUUCAUUUUUGGUAUGUCGCCUUUCUUACUCACUAUUCAAACUUAUUUUUCUGCAUCGCAAUCUGACAAAAGUCCAAAAGUUGCAUUUAUAUUGUUCAUCUUCUUUCUGAUAACCCACAAGUUGAACAAGAGCUUGUUUGGGGCGAAUCAAGCACUUCAACGGUCUCCUAAAGGUAUAAACAUUUCAAAGAAACGAUAUUUUAGCCAUGUUUUUCGCGUAGACGUUGUUUAUAAAUAUUUUUGUACCUUAUUUUGCAUAAUUCAGUAACAUCUUCACGUCAUCAUGACCUCUCUCAUAGACAUGUUAUAACAAAGAGAAUUCUCUACAGAGCUCGAGGAUUUCAAUGUUCUUAUUGUUUUAAAUUAUUAAAAUCGAUCCUUUAUUUAAGUGUCCUUACUAGUUUACUGUCCAAAUCUAUUUUCCCAAAUCCUGUCUUUCUUCAGAAACGGUUUUAAGCAGUGUCUGAGUAAAGUGCAUCAUCCUUCGAUAAACUUGCAGUAUCGCGUCCGUUCCUAAUUCUCCCAUCCAACUUACUUGUGAGCGGUGAAAAUUCAUUGUUCUAGUACUAAUCUUGGAAGAAUUCAAAAUAACUUGUUCUUUGGUCCUGCUCCCGCGAGUUCCAUGUAGUCUAGUGGUAGGAUAUCCGACAAAUGAACGGUAGGUCAAAGUUUCGACGAUUCCAUUUGGAAGAAAUCGGAACUGAAAUUUUUCCCCAGUAGCUUUGCCACACAUUUCUUCUACACAUGAAAGAAGUUUAGAAAUUGGCCUCGUCUACGGACGUUUCCUGCUAAGAAAAUGUAGUAAGCACCAAAAAAUUGCAACUGCACAUCUCCGUCGCAAAUUUGAAAAUUGUUUCUAUAAAGCUGCUAGAACUAACGUGCUUUAACUUUAUCUGUAAAAGAAUUCAGGCUGCAACGCCCACGUGCUCACUUCAGCUUUACCCACGUGACUUAUGUUUACUUGGCAAGUUUUUUGUCUUUUCUUCUCGUCAAUUUUUUUGUUUUUAUUCUAAUGAUUCUUUUUACCGUCGGUUUCCUGCUGUUUGUUUUUAAAGUUACGUCUUAGCAUAAUUUACGAAGUGUUGGCUUAACUAAAACAAAUAUUAUCGUAAGACUGAUUUAUCUUCCGCAUGCCCGUCCUUUCCUUGUUUUCACUGGAACCCAGGAGCGUCUCCAUAUAUGGCGCUGACGUGGAACCUUGCGCAUGCCGUCACGUGACCUUGUGGUAAAAACUGCGUGUUUUACCACAAAUUUCAUAUCUAUGAUAUUCAAUCUCAAAUGUGCGCGGUCAGUUAUACCCUAUGCUGUGAAACUGGUCACCCUUAGAGGCAAAAAUGGCUUAAAAACGACAUUCUGGUACUUUUCUGGUUUUUUCAGAAAUAAAUCUCAAAAAUGUGCGACUAGUCAGUCCCUGCUCGCUUUUAUUCAGCGGAAGUCCUCUAGGGUUUUAAACUAAUCUUUUAAAUAAGCUGGUGUCCUUUAUUCCAAUUAACACACCAGCCUAUGAAAAGCGAUUUGAUUCCGGAUAAAUAUAACGCUCCUCGACCGUACCGCUACAUCAGAGAAUUGACAAGGUCUUGAAUGCUAUCAGUCUCCGCAGGUGGUGAUUCACUUGAGACUUGCUGCUGUUUCAGAAUUUAUUGCUUUGGAACUUUGUGGAAAAGUAACGUUUUCAGAAGUGAGUGUCUCAUAAUUUUUCGUAAUCAUUUCCUUGUUCCCAGAAAUCUAUUUCAGAAAAAGGUCCACUAUACAACAUGCAUACCCCAUUUUUAAUUUUAGGUCCAAAUAAUAAUAUAAGCGCCUCAAAAUAAGUGUCUUGAGGACCCUUGAGCUUCCAACAUCCUAGGGGUUAAACCCGAAUCAUAUGCGGAACAACUGGCUAAUCCGGUUUUGUGAAAAUGAAGCGAAGAAACAUAAGCCGAUAGAUAACAGGAGCAGCCUUAAAUAAUGCAAUCGCAUGUGGUUAUCCUACAACAUAAUGUGUCUUCUAUAGGGAAACUUGAAAAGUUGUCACAAAAAAGUAAAUAAUCGAGCAAUGCAGCUUAGUUCCUUGAUUUUUUCAUUUUUAACGUGAAGGUUAAUUGUUGGCUUGUUUGUUUUCGGCAUUAAGGCCCAGGUCAAACGUUGAGCUUCGCAUGAGACGAACGGCUAAACCGAACGAAGUAAGCUCAUGAUAAGCUAAAGUCGACAUUUGACUCAACUGAGUUCGUCCGACUGAAUUUAGAUGGAUAAACAUGUUGGUACGAUGUAAAUUCGAAUUAAGUUCGACGUUUGAUCCAACGGUCGAGCUUUACCUAGUUGAAUCGACUCGAAUUGCAAUUUAGCUCGUCUCAUGUGAAGUUCGACGUUUGACGUGGACCUCACAGUUAUCGGUUUGAUAGAUCUCGAUAGUUUUGCAGGGUAGAACUUUCGGGUGUUCUUGCAGACUGAAAUAUUUACAUUGAUUUGAAAGUGGCAAUGUUUAGCUUAACUCCAGUGCAGAUAUUCCGUUCUGAGACACAAACGCAAAAUUUCCAUGGUUUCUCACACACUGGCUCUAUAUAUCACUGGAUUUAUGAAAACUGCGUCAAUGUAAAAUGCGUCCUUCUUCCACAAAUAACCUAUACGCACUUUGAUGUGACUACUCCUAAAAGCCUUAAAAUAACUCCAAGACUGGAUAAAAAAAAAUCACAAAUACAGAAGUGCAUGAAAAGGAAGAUUAGACAGUUGAAGAAAAAAAGGACGGACUGACAUUCCUUUGAAUUUUUUAUCGUCUACUUUGAAGUAAUUCCCGGGCGAGAAAAAAAAUGGUUGAGCGGAAGCCACGAGAUUUUCUAAAAGAUUGUUUUCAAAAAAAGGACUGACAUUCCUUUGAAUUAUUUUCUCGUCUACUUUGGAUAUAUUCUUUGGAUAGAAAAAAAAAACGCUUGAGCGGGCGAUAUUUUCUUUGUUCAUAAAUCCAGACAUACAUGUUCCUCAGUGUUCUAAAAUCUUUAUCUUUUGGAGGUAAAACCUUUCUAAUUUUAGCUAUGAUAUCGUCUUCCUUAAUUUAGUUACAUGGAAUGAGAUGAACAGCACAGAGUUAUCCAUGGCCAGGAUCACGUUUUCGGCAGCUUAGCCUAUGUGUUAGCUUAGCACUGCUUAAGGGUUAUUGUUACUUUUGAGAGCCAGACAUUCAGGGAAUGUGAGGUGUAAAAACAAGAGCGAUUGCGGUUCCCUGUUAGAAAGGAAUGCAUUGAUCCCAAAACACGUCCUGAACUGUGGGGUGGAAAUAGGAAGUUAAAAAAGUUACUUAUACUAUUAUCACACGUUAUUAGACAAAUUUGGGUACGUAAUUGUCAGUUUCAACGCGAUUGUCAGUUUCUUUUAAGGUUGUUAUAUACGAUAGUCAAGGCAUUGGAUUUGUCAGUUCAAAUGUUAGCUAGACUAAUUAUCGGUAUAAGCUCUUCUUUAAGCCGUCGGUCCUUCACCUUUGAAGUCGGGUUAAAAACUUUGUCGCCAAAAAUACGCUAUGUUUCCUUGAAUCCAAGUAUCAAAAACGUUGUCAAUUUUUAUACAAAACAAAGCUUUAGGUCUUAAGUUGAUUAGGGGGAAACUUAUCACAUUUUUUCUGGGGUGAUAAGUUGUUUGAUUUAAGAUUUACCGCUUUAAGCUUGUCUGAGAGGUGAAAUUAUUCACUGAUCGCGGCUCAGUAUUUCCGUCUACUCAGUUAUUUAUCUAUGUAGUAUUCAUAGUCCCUGAGACCAAAAUCUCGCUUAGGCUAUUUCAGUCUUAUCUCGAUCAUCAUUGGAUCGAAAGGAACUGAGAAACACUAAGGCCCGGUCCACAUUACGGCGGCGAAAUUUGAAAACGCAGCUUUAUUUCUACGGUUUUUAGGCCUACCGUCCACACGGAACCUUUCGAAAACACUCUUGAAACCGGAGGAAUUUGGAAAUGCCCGCUUCGCUUUUUAGUGAAGACAGAAACAUUUUGAGAACGAAGCUUUUGGAAAACGAUUCCACCACGAUAAUCAGGUGAUUUCCCUGACCGAGUUUUCUCAAACAAAAAUUCAAAAUGACCCGGCGAUGCUUGUUGUUUUUCCCAAUUUCUCCUGCGUAGUGUGGACAGAACCUAAAGAUAAGAGAGUAUAUCUCCAGUCUUAGUUUAUUCAUGUUGAAAUUCUCUUUUACAACACAAAGAGGGCUCUUUAGUUUAUUAAUAAAGCACAGCGACACAAAAAUUCCGUAAACAGAUUCAUAACUAUACAAUAAGUUCUAGACAAAGCUUAAAUAUAAGCUGACUACAGAUAAUCGUCCAAACCUUAAGCUCAUUAUACCACGAUAGCUACGUAUCGACCUGUUUGUACUAAUUAAAAAGCAGCAUGUCAGUGCAGAAGAUACGAUAUUAAUGAAUUGCAAACAAAUUAAGAAUAAUUAAUGAUCCUGCUGAUAAAACAAGAUACGGGCCAAGGUCUGAGUUAUUUAUAAAACGGAUAAUUUGUUUCAGUCCGUGUAUAUAAGCACUCUCUUAGAAAAGCUGUGACGACGUCGACUGCUUGCGGAACAAAAAGGUAAUCGGCCAUAACGACUCGCGCGCCUUUCUCACGAAAUCUUUCGGUAGCAGAGAUUCCAAUUUUGUUGUUCUUGGAGCCAGCCAUUACUGCUUUAUAGAUGUGCUUCAAAAUAUGUGAUGGGACACACACGAACAGAGCUUAACGAGUAGGAGAUUCGUCCACAACAAGCAAGUAAACGAAAAGAAGGAAACCUCCACUGAUUAAAGAGGAUUGAAGAUGGGAGUGAAAGGAGUCGUUAACUUCCUUCAUUGCUGUUUGGUGAUGUUCUUAAUUUUGUCUGAUCUGCCAUCGCAUUGUUCGUCUCCCAUUCCACUUUUGGGAGAUUUUCUUAAUCACAAAUCCAGCGCGCUUCCUUCAGAGGAGAAAGGGCAAUUGCCUAAGCAAGAUUCAAACGGGCUUCUUGGAAAGCAAGUCCUUCCCAGAGCAGGAAAGAGCGUAGCAGUGCGCACUUUGGGCAGCCUAAAGACUGCACAAAACAGCUUUAAUUUAAAAUCCGACGAAAGCCAAGAAAAUAAUGGCUUGCCUGUGACGAGCAAGGAUGAACAAACACUAAUGCAACUUCGAGUUUUUCGUUCGUCCGCGCAAAGGGACCUCAGUUUGAGCGAGCCGACCUCAAAAGCAAGCGCCGGCAGUGGCUCACCUGUGGGGAGUGGUGACAAGGAGUCAGAGAAACAGCCAUGGGAAUUCCUUCCAAUUAAGCCACAGGAUCAACCGGAUGAAACAAGUGAGAACAUUCCUGAACUGAAAGUCAGUUUUGAUCGCGGAGAGCAUGAGAAAAACUCCGUGGUAAAAGACCAAUCGAAGCCAAUCACAUUCAACCGGGACUUACCGUUUUUGAGCGGAAGCAGUGUGCUGAGUUUGGGAAGGUUAAAUCUGAAAACGGAUUGGUGCAACGCGCAUCCUUUCAAAGAGACAGUUCGACACCAUGGCUGCACAACAGUGGAGGUCGAGAACAACAUGUGUUACGGACAAUGCAAUUCAUUUUACAUCCCGAAAAGGUUUUUCUCUUGCUCAUACUGUGCUCCGUCAAGGAUGGAAUCCAAAACUGUACGGCUGGAAUGCCCCGGACAGAAUCCUUCCUUUGUGAUAAAGAAAGUAAAAAUUGUGUUGGAAUGUGCUUGCAAAGAUUGCGGGCUGCCACUAUCUUAAACGAGGAACCAAACCCAACACACUCCACAUUCAGUGAGUGGAGAAAACAUAUACAUGUCAGUAUGUGUCAAGUCCACAAACAGUUUAGCUUCGUCCCAGAACAAAGCCUAGUAUGCCGGGAAAAGUCAAAUUAAUAAGACCCUUUUGAUGCACUUGAAGAAAAAUGUGACUUUACUUUAAUUGACAGUAACAUUUAUCUUCGAUUCCGAGCUCCGCAUUCUUGAAGUCGAACAACAGGGAAAAGUUAUACAAGAACAAGAAGUUGUUUGAAUUUAAUGGCGGACGAAAUACAAGAAAUAUAAAUUAAUUUUAUCCUGUAAAAUAAUAUGUAUAUCAAUCACGAGUAAAUAAGAUUUGCUAAAAAGAAUUAGUCAGGUAUAUUUACUAGCGGCAAUAGCUGCCAUAUUUAAACAGAUUGGUAUCAGCAAAGAAUUGAUACAUAUCUAGAGGCCGGCCAUGUUGUGAAGAACAUGGCUGCGGUACCUUCAAGAAACAAUUUUCGCUCACCAGAAGUGGUUAUCAACAUUAUUCGUGACGAAAAGAGUAAAAUGGUAGUUGCUCUUGCUUAUAUAGUAGUGGAGAUUCUUAAUGUAAAGAGAACCAUUGAAAAGAAUUGUUAAUUAUUCUCGACCAGAGCGUCGCAUAAUUUCCUUGAAGGAGAUAAUUAUAUUGUAUUUAAGAUAUGCAAGUUUCCUGUUUGAAGUAGAAAAAAAGGAGAGGAAUGAAUACUUUGGGCAGUGGAUGCGUCAAAAAUAGCAAAGUUUUUGUUCGCUGGAGCUAUUAUAACCAAGAACAAGUAUUUUAAAUUAUAAGAUUAUUGUAUGGACCGUCAGGGUGUCAUUUGUUUGUAAGGCAAACUGAACAAAAGUGUAAUUAUAUGAUAAAUGAUUUUUGAAGAAUAAAGCGACACAAUGGCUGAAAGGGA